CACCGAGGGCGCGGGGUCGUGGUGUCUGGGGGCCGCCGAGGGCGCAAGGGACUGGCAGCGCGCCCAGGACAUGGAGCUGGAGGCCUCCUGUCCGGGGGUAAGGGAGGUCUGAGGAAACAGGCGGCCGGGAGAACAAGAUGCCUAUUCUCAUUUCCAAGAUCUUCAAGGGAUUGGCAGCUGACCAGACAGAGGCUCUUUAUGUGGGGGAUGCCAUCCUGUCCGUGAAUGGGGAAGACUUGUCCUCUGCUACCCAUGAUGAGGCGGUGCAGGCCCUCAAGAAGACAGGCAAGGAGGUGGUGCUGGAGGUCAAGUAUAUGAAGGACGUCUCACCGUAUUUCAAGAACUCUGCUGGUGGGACCUCGGUCGGCUGGGACUCACCUCCUGCCUCACCCCUUCAGCGGCAGCCUUCCUCCCCUGGCCCCACACCCCAGAACCUCAGCGAGGCCAAACACGUGUCCUUGAAGAUGGCAUAUGUCUCGAAGAGGUGCACCCCCACUGACCCGGAGCCCAGGUAUCUGGAGAUCUGCUCGGCAGAAGGCCAAGACACCCUCUUCCUGAGGGCCAAGGAUGAGGCCAGCGCGAGGUCGUGGGCGAGUGCCAUCCAAGCCCAGGUCAACGCUCUGAUGCUGCGGGUCAAGGAUGAGCUGCAGGCACUGCUGGCAGCCACCAGCACAGCUGCCAGCCAGGACAUCAAGCAGAUUGGCUGGCUGACUGAGCAGCUGCCCAGUGGGGGCACGGCCCCCACCCUGGCCCUGCUGACUGAAAAGGAACUGCUCCUCUACUCUUCUCUCCCUGAGACCCGCGAGGCCCUGAGCCGGCCAGUCCGUACUGCCCCACUCAUCGCCACCAGACUGGUGCACUCAGGCCCCUCCAAGGGCUCAGUGCCCUACGAUGCAGAGCUCUCUUUUGCCCUGCGCACGGGCACGCGUCACGGUGUGGACACUCACCUGUUCAGCGUGGAGUCACCGCAGGAGCUGGCUGCCUGGACCCGCCAGCUGGUGGAUGGCUGUCACCGGGCCGCCGAGGGUGUGCAGGAGGUGUCUACAGCCUGCACAUGGAACGGGCGUCCCUGCAGCCUGUCUGUGCACAUCGACAAGGGCUUCACACUGUGGGCGGCUGAGCCAGGUGCAGCCCGAGCUGUGCUCCUGCGACAGCCCUUCGAGAAGCUGCAGAUGUCUUCAGAUGAUGGUGCCAGUCUCCUUUUCCUGGACUUUGGAGGUGCUGAAGGCGAGAUCCAGCUGGACCUGCACUCGUGUCCCAAAACCAUAGUCUUCAUCAUCCACUCCUUCCUCUCGGCCAAAGUCACCCGCCUUGGGCUAUUGGCCUAGAAGUCACCGGAUGCACUAGCCCUGAAGAGGGGUGUCCAUGACAUGGCCUGAGCUGGGCCUCCACCGACUGCCUGCUCACCCCUGGGCUGAGGGAAGGGAGAGGAGAGGAACAAGAGCCUCUGAGACCCCACCCCUGAGGGAGACUGGAUUGGUCUUGGGGCCCGGGGCCCAGGACCCAGACCCAGGACAGAGUGGACUCUGCCUGUGAUGGGGUGGCCUUCCUGCUGCCCCCCUCCACCAGUGCCUUUUGCGGAGAGAUAUUUUGUGUACACAGAAGCCAUUCCGAGUCUGGGACCUGCCCCUGUGCGGAUCCUGACCCCAGCCAACAGCUGAGCUGCCAGGCCUCCUCGAGGCCCCUAAGCCACCCCUAGAGGUCCCAUCUGAAGCUGGAGUCCCCUGGGGUCAGCGGCAAGAGAAGCAAGAGGAGACUUUGUUUGUUUUUCCCCUCAGCCCUGCCACCUUGGGGAGUCUGGUUUUUCUCUUCAUCCUCUCUCUCCUCCUUACUCUUGGAUAAAUAAACAGCCUGUGAGACACAGGCAGCCCGGCCCAGUGU